GUUCCGGACAACGCCUGGGGUGCGGGAGCCGCGGCGGCCGCUUCCUGCUGGCGGGGCUUCCGGCGCGGCGGCGGAGCCCCCUGAGCGCUGCGAGGGCCCGGCGGGCCGGGGGGAGACUAUAUUUUUCAAGUUCUUCAAGUAUUCUUGCACAACGAGGAGAAAGAAGAAACAUUUCGGUGAAUGAGGAGUUUUUUGCUUCUAUAGUGUUUUCCUUGAGAAGUGGCUCUUUGAAUGAGGAUGACAAUGGAAGAGAUGAAGAAUGAAGCAGAGACCACUUCUAUGGUUUCCAUGCCUCUCUAUGCUGUUAUGUAUCCUGUCUUUAAUGAGCUAGAAAGAGUAAACCUGUCUGCAGCUCAGACACUGAGAGCAGCAUUUAUUAAGGCUGAAAAGGAAAAUCCAGGUCUUACACAGGACAUCAUUAUGAAAAUCCUGGAGAAAAAAAGUGUGGAUGUGAACUUCACAGAGUCCCUUCUGCGUAUGGCAGCUGAUGAUGUAGAAGAGUAUAUGAUUGAAAGACCAGAACCAGAAUUCCAAGAUCUUAAUGAAAAGGCACGAGCACUUAAACAGAUUCUUAGUAAGAUUCCUGAUGAGAUCAAUGACAGAGUGAGGUUUCUUCAGACAAUCAAGGACAUUGCAAGUGCAAUAAAGGAGCUUCUUGACACAGUAAAUAAUGUCUUCAAGAAAUACCAAUACCAGAACCGACGGGCACUUGAGCACCAAAAGAAAGAGUUUGUAAAAUACUCCAAAAGUUUCAGUGAUACUCUGAAAACCUAUUUUAAAGAUGGAAAGGCAAUAAAUGUGUUCGUAAGUGCCAACCGACUAAUUCAUCAAACCAACUUGAUACUCCAGACCUUCAAAACUGUGGCCUGAAAACUGUAUAUGUUGAGAGUUGUACUUUUCAAUGGUGGAUAGGGUACCUUUAUAUGUAAAUUUUAAAGUUUUGACUGUAUAAAUUAUCAGCCCCUUCUGAGGGGCCUAAUGCAGGAUUUUGAAUGGGAUUAUUGCCAUCUUACACCAUAUUUUUGUAAAACAUUGUAGCUUAAUCAUAAUCUCACAAUGAAGAUUUUGCAUCACUUUUUGCUAUUAUCAUUCUUUUCAGAAUUAUAAGCCAAAAGAAUUUACGCCUUAAUGUGUCAUUAUGUAACAUUCCUUAUAAGAAGUGUAAAUAUUUGGUGUUCUGUUUCUGACAUUUUAACUUGAAAGCGGAAAACUGCAAGAUUAUGUAUUUAACAAUAUUGGUGGCAAAUAUUCAAUAAAUAGUUUACAUCUGUUA